UGUAUGACUCUAGUCACCAGGCCUCCUCAGCCCAUACCACGGGCCUGCCACAGGCUUGUUGGGGGCAGGGGCUGGUUUAUCUCCCUGGGCCCUGUCCACUCCUCCACCGGCAGUCAGGAAGCUGGGGGUGGGGGUCAGCCAGGCAGGAAGCCUGAGGUCAGCGGCCAUAGCCCAGAGCAGCUGGCUGUGCCGAGCUUUGACAGCAUGUGGGCACUUGCACUGCUGUGGCCCGUGGUGCUGGGGUUCAGCCUGGAAGAUGGCAGCCAGAACACUCUCACCUACGAUGAGAUGGGGAGCGCAGGAGGAGAUAAUGAUGGCACACUGGGGCCCUUCACCGGGCCCCAGGAGGAGACCCCUCACUCCCCCCACCCGCGCAGCUUCCCGGGUCAGCUCUGGGCCAACAACAGCAACAUUCUGGAGCUCCCAGACAGCUCUCGGGCACUGCUGCUGGGCUGGGUGUCCACGAGGCUGGUGCCCGCGCUCUACGGGCUGACCCUGCUGGUGGGGCUGCCCGCCAACGGUCUGGCGCUGUGGGUGCUGGCCACCCGGGUGCCGCGGCUGCCCUCCACCAUGCUGCUGAUGAACCUGGCGGCCGCUGACCUCCUGCUGGCUUUGACGCUGCCGCUGCGAGUCGCCUACCACCUGCAGAACCAGCACUGGCCGUUCGGCGAGGCCGCCUGCCGCGCGACCACCGCCGCGCUUUACGGCCACAUGUACGGCUCGGUGCUGCUGCUGGCGGCCGUCAGCCUGGACCGCUACCUCGGCGUGGUGCACCCCUUCCGCGCCCUCACCCUGCGAGGCUGGCGCCUGGCCACCGGGCUCUGCGCCGCGGCCUGGGUGGUGGCCGUCGCCCUGGCACUGCCCCUGGCGCUGCAGCAGCAGACCUUCCGCUUGUCGCACUCGGACCACGUGCUGUGCCACGACGCGCUGCCCGUGGGUGCUCAGGCCUCCUACUGGCGACCCGCCUUCCUCUGCCUGGCGGUGCUCGGCUGCUUCCUGCCGCUGCUGGUCAUGCUGCUGAGCUACGGGGCCACCCUGUGUGCGCUGGCGGCCGGGGGCCCGCGCUACGGGCACGCGCGGAUGCUCACCGCGCUCGUGCUGGCCUCGGCCCUGGUCUUCUUCGUGCCCAGCAACGUCCUGCUGCUGCUGCACUACUCUGACCCGCGCCCCGACGCCUGGGGCGACCUGUACGCCGCCUACGUGCCCAGCCUGGCUCUCAGCACCCUCAACAGCUGCGUGGACCCCUUCAUCUACUACUACGUGUCUGUGGAGUUCAGGGACAAGGUGCGGGAGGGGCUGCUCUGCGGGGCUCAGGGCGCCUCCACAGCCUCCAGGGAGGGGGGAACCCAGGGCACACGGUCCACCUCACUCGUGUGACGCCCCUCCCUCCAGAAGGCGGGGCAAAUGGAGAGGUGGGUUGCAGGGGGUGGAGCGGGGGAUCUCCCUCCCAAUUCACAUCUAUGGGGAACCCUUGAAUGGGAGCUUAUCUGGAAAUAGGGUCCCUUUACAGGUGUUAUUACAAUUUGGUCACCCUGGCGUAGGGGGAGCCCCUAAAUCCCCUGUGACCAGUGUCCUUAUAAGGAGAGGCCACACAUAC